AUGUCAACGAUGGGUAGAGAACUGUCGAAGGGCAGAUUUAGAAGAUAAAACUCCGGAUCAACUCAACAAGCAUUAUAGAUUAUGCGCUAAACAUUUUGAGACUUCUAUGAUAUGUAGAAGUAGCCCUUACAGAACAGUUUUACGGGAUAAUGCUGUGCCAACUAUAUUUGAUCUUACAAGUCACCUGAACAAUCCUCACAGCAGACACAGGAAAAGGAUAAAAGAGCUGAGUGAAGAUGAGAUAAGAACACUGAAGCAACAGAAGAUUGAUGAAACUUUCGAACGGAAUCAGGCAACUCAAGAAUUGAAUGAAAGCAAUGAACAAAAUACUGUCUCAGAGGGAGGAGGGGAAGAACAAGAGGAAAAACCUGUUCCCUUAACACUGGAAGAAAGAGAAAACAAAGAUUACCUUAAAUCUCUGUUUGAAAUUUUGAUCCUAAUGGGCAAACAAAAUAUUCCUUUGGAUGGCCAUAAUGUUGAUGAGCUUCCAGAAGGUAUUUUUACUUCAGAUAACUUUCAGGCUCUACUGGAAUAUAGAAUAAAUGCUGGAGAUGAAGUUCUGAGGAAACGAUUUGAGAUGACUGCAGUCAAUCUUGAGUAUUGUUCAAAAACUCAGCAGAAACAAAUGCUUGAGAUCUGUGAAAGCUGUGUUAGAGAAGAGACACUGAGGGAAGUAAGAGACUCGCAUUUCUUUUCUAUUGUCACCGAUGAAGUAGUAGACAUAGCGGGAGAGGAACAUUUGCCAGUAUUGGUGAGAUUUGUUGACGAUUCUCAUAAUCUAAGAGAAGAAUUUAUAGGAUUUUUACCAUAUGAGGCUGAUCCUGAAAUUUUAGCUGUUAAGUUCCACACGACGAUCACAGAAAAGUGGGGUCUAAACAUGGAAUAUUGUAGAGGUCAAGCCUACAUCGUCUCCAGUGGGUUUGCUUCUAAAAUGAAAAUUGUGGCCACAAGACUCUUGGAGAAGUACCCACAAGCUGUCUAUACGCUGUGUUCCUCGUGUGCCUUAAAUAUUUGGCUGGCAAAAUCCGUUCCUGUUGUUGGUGUUUCCAUUGCACUAGGAACAAUCGAAGAAGUUUGCUGUCUUUUUAAUCAGUCUCCACAAUUACUAGUAGAACUGGACAACACAAUUUCUGUUCUUUUUCAGAACAAUAAGCAGAAGGGUAAUGAGUUGAAGGAGAUCUGCCGUUCUCAGUGGACUGGUAGACAUGAUACUUUUGAGGUUUUAGUGGACCUCAUACAAGCGUUGGUACUGUGUUUGGAUGCAGUAAGCAGCGACUCAUCUGUCAGGUGGAACAACUUUACUCUUGGUCGAGCAUUUGUACUUUCGAGUGCGUUGACAGAUUUUGACUUCAUUGUCACUAUUGUAAUUCUGAAAAACGUUUUGUCUUUUACGAGGGCGUUCGGAAAAAAUCUCCAAGGACAAACAUCAGAUGUGUUCUUCGCAGCUGGCAGCUUAACAGCAGUGUUGCAUUCUCUGAACGAAGUGAUGGAGAAUAUUGAAGUUUACCAUGAAUUUUGGUUUGAGGAAGCAACAAAUUUGGCUACAAAACUGGAUGUACAAAUUAAGCUCCCAGGAAAAUUUCGCAGAGCACAACAGGGGAACUUAGACUCUGAGGUAACGUCAGAAAAUUACUACAAAGAAAUCCUUAGUGUCCCCACAGUGGAACAUAUUAUUCAAGAAUUAAAAGAUAUAUUCUCAGAACAACAUUUAAAAGCUCUGAAGUGUUUAUCGUUGGUGCCCUCAGUCAUGGGACAACUAAAAUUCACUACAUCUGAGGAGCAUCACGCUGACAUGUACAAAAAUGACUUGCCUAAUCCAGACACACUUUCUGCUGAGCUUCAUUGUUGGAGAAUCAAGUGGAAGCACAGAGGAAAAGAUAUUGAACUUCCAUCUACUAUUUAUGAAGCACUUCACUUGCCUGACAUUAAGUUUUUCCCUAAUGUAUAUGCAUUGCUUAAAGUCUUAUGCAUACUUCCAGUGAUGAAGGUGGAAAAUGAAAAAUAUGAAAUAGGACGAAGGCGCCUAAAGGCAUACCUGAAAAACACCUUGACAGAGCAAAGGUCAAGCAACCUAGCUCUGCUGAACAUAAACUUUGAUAUAAAACAUGACUUAGAUUUAAUGGUGGACACCUACAUUAAACUCUAUCCAGAUAAAGUGGAAUUUCAAGAAGACUUUAUUCCCUCAAACAACUCUGAGGUAACUGAAGAUGCUUAAUGGACACUUCAUUUUUUUAAGCUCUAACCAAUUUGUUGAAACAGCUUUUUCUUAGCUAAGUUUCAACGCUGAGGAGAAAAAAUGAAAUCUAUAAAAAUACCUGCAAUUGUGUUUUCAUUUUAAGUCUCAGACUGAAGAAGCUGUGGUCAGUGACCCAAUUUAUGUUUUGUUAGUCUGCACUAAAUGUGUUAUGUGAACAAAACCAAGCCUGAAAAAAAGCCUGUGCUCUUAGCAGAGGUGCUUUCUAUAUCUGAUUGGCUUAAUUAGGUGCUUGUUUACUUUAUUGCAUCUUGGGGGGAAAAAAAAAAGUACAUUGUGAUUGUAGAUCUGAUGGGGCU